AUGGGAAGACAUAAUGUCGUGGUUUCCUGGAGUCUUGUUUUCUUGGUUUUGGUGUGUUUGGGGCUCUGUGGUUAUGCUACUGUUGAAGCUGCUACAAAAGGGAGGUUCAUGAAUUAUCAGAGUUAUGGUGUUGACGGUCUGAAUAAGUACAAGGAAGAUCCUGGCUAUGGAGGGUUUGCUUCAGGUGGUUAUGGACGAGGAUCGGGUGAGGGGAGUGGGUUGGGUUAUGGUUCUGGUGGCAUGGGAGGGGGUGGAGGGGGAGGACAAGGUGGUGGUUAUGGGGGUGGAGUUGGAGGUGGAAGUGGAGGUGGGCAAGGCAUUGGAGGGGGUGGAGGGGGAGGACAAGGUGGUGGAGUUGGAGGUGGAGGUGGAGGUGGAGGUGGACAAGGCAUUGGAGGUGGUGGUUAUGGACCUGGUUCUGGUGGUGGCGGGGGUGAUGGGGGCUCUGGAAUAGACAAAGGUGGUGGAUAUGGGUCAGGUGGUGGAGGGGGUGGGGGUGGUGGUUUGGGGUCUGGAUAUGGUUCGGGAGAUAAGGAAGGAGGAAGUGGGUUUGGUUCAGGAUCAGGCUCAGGCUCAGAUUCAGGAUAUGGUAGCGGCAAUGGAGGAGGUGGUGGUGCAGGUAGUGAUUAUGGCGAAGGUGAUGAAUCUGGAUCUGGAUCUGGGUCUGGGUCAGGAUAUGGGUCUGGGCAAGGUCAUGGGGGACCCUCCUAUGUUGCUCCACCAGGCAAGAAACACUAA